CCGACAGGCUGCAGUGACGCCUGUAUUUUACUGAAGGAAGCUGAUGGGUCAAACGAGAUACUCACCUGAAACAGGACUGCUUCCCACAGUGUUCAGGCUGUCAAACCACUAUGAAGAGUUUGAAGGCAAAGUUUAAAAAGACUGAGAGUCAGGACUGGAGUAAGAGUGAUGAGAGGCUGCUGCAGGCCGUGGAGCAGAAUGAACCUGACAAAGUUAUGGCUCUCAUCAUCAAAAAAGGUCUCUGUCCUACCAAACUGGAUGCUGAAGGCAAGUCAGCGUUCCACCUCUCUGCAUCCCGAGGCCGCCUGGACUGUCUGGAGAUCAUCAUCGCUCAGGGAGCGGACGUCAACACCAUUGAUGGUGCUGGCUUCAGUGCCCUUCACCUUGCUGCCAAAAACAGCCAAUCAGAGUGUUUGAAGAGACUCUUACAGGAGAGGUUAGCUGUAGAUUGUACUGAUAGUAUUGGGAGGACACCGCUUCAUCAUGCAGCAAUCAGUGGCUGCUUGUCCUGCACUGAGACACUGUGGGACUUCAAAGCAAGUCUGGAUGUCCAGGAUGAGGACGGGGCAACCCCUUUGAUCCUAGCAGCCCAGAUGAGUAGAGUGGAGCUUUGCACCUUUCUGUUGGGUCGAGGCGCAGAUGCAAAUAUACAAGACACCCAGGGAAGGUCUGCGUUGAUGCUGGCAUGUGAAAGUGACAGUGUAGAGACGGUAGAAGCUCUAUUGAGAGGUGGAGCCAACACCCAGUUGGUUGAUGCUCUUGGACACAGAGCCAUGGACUACAGCGUAAUCACUGGCAACCAGAGCAUCAUAAAUAUGUUGGAGAAUGGAGCACCUCUAGCUGCUGAGGGCACAGGCGAGGAGCCUCCCCACAUCCCCUCAAGUGCUUCAUCUGUGCAAGGGGGUACAACCCCUCGUAAACGGAAAGCUCCUCCACCACCUCGCUCUCCUCUGCAGAUUCAGACUCUGCCACCCACACCACGGCCCAGGAGUCCUGCGCCACCCACCCAUUCACCAGAGCCCCCAUCCCAGUCUCCUUCUCCGCAGCCUCCAGAAACACAGCAACCAGCCCAGCCAGAGGAUGAGGAGGUGUUUGAGGAAAUCAGACGAUUGCGUCUGGAAAGAGGUCGUCUGUUACAGAAGAUCAAAGCAUUGGAGCAGCAACAACAGAGUGCCAUCUCUGCUUUGGAGGAGAUGUCACAGCUAAAGCAGCACUUAGAAGAGGCAGAGGCAGAGAGGGACAGGCUGCUUGAUGAGUUGAAAGGAGUCCACGGCAUUGGGGCUAGCGAUUCUGAGGACAUGGAUGAAAUGUUGGACUUUCCAGAGAAGCUGCUUUCUAAGCGCUCCAGAAUCUCCCCUUCCCCGGAUGAGGCCACUUGUGAAGCAGACACUGACUCGGCCCAGCCCUCUCCUGUCCCUGCAGACCCAGGAACUGUUGCUGAGCUACACAAACAAAUAGAGGAACUAACCUCACAAAACUCUGAGCUAGCCCUCAAAGUACAGAUGCUGGAGAUGUUUGAAAAGGAUGACACAGACAUGCAGACUUCCAGCGCAGACUUUGUGCCCAUCAUCCAGUACGAGACCCUGAGGAAAGAGUUUGAAGCCCUACAGGAGCGUCUCUCUCAGGCCCAGACUUCAGAGGACGCCUCCAGUGUGGCUGAGGAAAAUGCUGAUGAGAAGUCUCAAGGAGGAGGUUCAGAUGGAGACAGUGUGGACAUUCUGAGGGAGAAGCUGCGAGGUCUAACAGAGCAGUUGGCCUCCUCCCAGUCUGAGCUGGAGGAGCUGAAGGAGCAAAUGCGCCUUGGGGUACUUUCUGUGGAGUGUGGUGAGGGGGAUACUGCAGCGGCAGGUGGUGGAACUGUAGGCGAGUCUGGGGCUGCAGUGGAGAGCCCAAGCCAAGAGGCACGGCAGCUGAGAGUGAGGGUGACGGAGCUGGAGGAGGAGCUAGCGAAGAAACGGGGCGAGGCAGCAGGCCAGGGCAACCAGGGCGGUGACACAAUCAAACAGCUGACAGAGAAAGUGAGGGAACUCCAGGCUGCUCUGGCCCGUAAAGAGUCUACUAAACAAAAGAAGGAGAAAGACGACGAGGAAGUAGAGAAUGAAACAGUAAAGCUCCUCCGUGCUAAAGUGGCCGACUUGGAGGGAAACCUGGCAGAGAGCAGGUCAUCAGGGAAAGAGGGAGGAGCAGCAGGAGAAGGAGAUCAGGUCCAUCGUCUGCAGGAACGUGUGAGAGAGUUGGAAGGGCAGCUGAGAAAGAGUGUGCCCCGAUCAGAGCUGGAGGAGGUACAGGUGACUCUAGGCCUUCAGUGUGAGCAGCUGGCAAGGGAGCGAGCCGAGGUGGCCAGAAGACUCAAUGAUGCUCUCCUGGAUCUGGAGAGACUAAGGCCUCCUCAGGAUGAAGAAGAAGAAGCUGAAGAGGAACACUCAGAGAGCUCAGAGCCAUCAGUCAUAACAGAUCACUCCAGACACUCUUUGGCAGCAGUAAGAGAGGAGCUGGAAGUGGCGAGGCAGGAGGCAGCCCAGGCCCUGGACUGCCUGUGUGCUGAGCGGGAGAGUCGGGCACAAGAUGCCCUACAGCUAAAAGAUGCAGUUCCUCUGUCAAAACAUAGGGAGGCACUGUCUGCAGUGUCAGAACAACUGGCUCAGACAUUGCAGGAGCUCCAGGAGGAAAAGACUCUGCGUGGUCAGGCUGAGGAGCAGGCUGCUGAACUCGAGGUCAAACUGAAGGCAAUGAAGGAUGCUGUAUCGAAAGAGGACCAUGAGAAAAUCAAGGCAGACCUUCAGCACUCCCUGCAGGCCAGUGAGAGGAGUGCAGCUGCAGCUCAGGAGGCUCUGAAUGAGAAGGAGAUGGAGCUUCGGGAACUCAAGUCCCAGAAGGCUGCAGAACAGGGUCUGAUCUCCAAGGAAGACCAUGAAGCCCUGCGGCUCUCUUUGCAGGCGGAGAUUAAUGCCAUUACAGCCCGUUUCAAUGAUCUCACUCGCAAACAUGAGAAGACUUGCACUGAGGUGUUUCAGGUGCAGAGGGAGGCUCUCUUCAACAAAAGUGAGCGACAGGUGGCAGAGUCCCAGCUGGCCACAGUGCAGCAGCAGCUAGCCGAGUUACAGGCCAAAUCCAGCCACAUCCAGGAUCUCCACAACAACAUCCAGGAAUCCCAGGGCCUGGUUAAAGAGAAAGAUCGCAAAAUAACAGAGCUGUCCAAGGAGGUUUUUCGACUAAAAGAGGCAUUGGGAGCUCUGUCACCUCCUCUGGGUAUCACCUCCUCCUCUUCCUCCUCAUCUACUCAUCAUGGUAACCCAGGGCAACAAGUGGCUCUGCAGAACAGGAUUGCUAUACUCACACAGCAGCUACAGGACUGGGAGAGAAAGCACAAACAGGUGGUGGCUAUUUACCGCUCCCAUUUACUGGCAGCUGUGCAGGGCCGAAUGGAUGAAGAGGUGCAGGGCCUGCUGCUUCAAAUCCUGAGGAUGUCACAGCAGGGACAAUGAAGCUUAAAACAUCUGUAACCCACUUUCCAAAUCUCAUCUCUGUGCAGUCCAGCCCAAGAGACUGCAGGAUCAGGGUCAUGAAGAUUCAGUCUGAAAGCCAAAUAAAACUGAUCUAUGUUCAGAUAUAGCUGCAUGCGUUCAGUACAGUAACCUAAACAACAGCCUUAAGGCCUGACUGAUGACAUUUAAGAUGUACAAUUAUAGAGUGCCUUCAUGGCUGGAUAUGGUAAAAAACGACAGCCUGAUAAUCAGGGCAAAACAGCGGAAGUUAGAGGAUAUUAUUAACUGUGUGGCUGCCUAUCGUUUUAUAUAAGAUUGUAAUAAUAAACAAG